AUGACCGGCCCGAGCAUUGCCCAAAUGGUUGUAGUUGCUACACUCCUCGGCCUUCAAGAACUAGGGAUGUUGCCCCAGCACAAGAGCGGCUUCUUCUGCAACGAUCCAGCACUGUCGUAUCCUUACCUUGGCGACACGAUUUCAAUGGCGUUCAUCAUCUGCUCCAUAAUUGCGUGUCCAUUGCUACUGAUCUUGAUCACAGAACUGGUGUUCACCGAUUCAGAACAAUCAACACGAUCGAAAGUAGUCCAUUCGUCCAAAAAGGCUGUAUGGCUGUACAGAAGCUACGCCUAUGGCUUAAUGUUUAAUAUUUCAAUCAUUGAGGUGAUGAAGGCCGUGUCUGGUAUUCCAAGGCCAACCUUCUUCGAUAUAUGCGAGCCUGAUACGGCUAUGACUUGCAAUGGUUCCGAUUUCGUGAGUACAUUCGAGUGCACGUCGACGCGCUUCUCAACUUGGUAUCAAAUGGACUCGUACCACAGCUUCCCGUCCGGACAUACGUCGCUUUCUGUAUAUUGUGGAUUAUUUAUGGCGUGGUACCUCCAAAGACGCGCAUUCGACUGGAGUCACCGCACGGUAUUCCUCGUCCCAGUUUUGCAACUUAUUUGCAUCACUUACGCCGUCGUCUGUUCACUCACCAGAAUAUCAGACCAUCGCCAUCAUUGGUGGGAUGUUCUCACAGGAUCUGUUGUAGGCAUUAUCUGCUUAGUCUACACGGUAAUCGUCCUCUGCGAUAACUUCUCCUACGCGAAAGAAGAAAACGCAGAAGAUAUGAACAUGACAGCAAGUCAACUAACCACAAGGACUACAAUAUGA